AUGAACAAUCAAUAAGUUCAAAGUCCUUAAAUAUUCAAUACCCAUUAUUUAAGAACAGAUUAUAAGGCAAAUCCUCAACCUUUAGUUCUAAAUUUAAAUCAAACCAGAUAAAGUUCUAAGGCACUCUCUGUUGAUAGAGGUACAUGGUUUAUAAAAAAUAGUUUAUAGCCAAACUUAAGUAAGCAAAUUAGAAUGUUGAGCAACUUAUAGAUCUUUGGCAAAGACAUAAAUCAAUUACUUAAUGCACUCCAACAAAUGUAUCAUAAUCUUUUCAUUAUCAUUCUACUACAUAGAAAAAUGAAAGUUUUAUAAUUGGUAUAUUCAUUUUACCAAAUCUUAGAGGAAAUACCAGAAACUCGAGAAGUAAGUCCAUUAAAACCAGAAGAGAUAGAAAUAAGACCUAGAUAAUUGUUUGAAAUGAAUUAAUCAACAUCAAAGUUACCUUCAACUCAUUAAUAACACUCUAAUCAUAAAAAGACAAGUUCUUUGUAUAUUGGAGCUCUAUCAAGUAAAAAGUUUAUUAAAUUUAAAUUAGAAAGUGAUGCAUUUUCAGGAACAAAAAAAGUAGCUAAGGAAAACUUAAAAUUAUCAAAUAAUGGUACAUCGAGCAGUAAAAAAUCAUAAUUCAAUUCAUCUUCUAAAAAAUUACCUAAGGAACUUUCAAUUAUAGUUUUAUAAUUACAAUCAGUUUAGAAAUCUUUACUACCACUCUACUAAAAAUUGGAAAAAAAAAAGAAAACAGAAAUUGAUGAAUAAUUUAAUAUUCUAAUCAAUCAAAUAAAAAGUGAUUUUACAAAAUGA